AGUAUUUCAUCAAAAAUGAAAAGAAAAAAGUGACACGUUUUGGCACGUGUACCGUGCACAGUGAGGAAAAUUAAAAGUGAAAACCCUCGUUGUUCAUUACUUGUGUGCUGCUGAAACAAAUUAAAAAACGAGAGAACCUAAACCCUAGUACCAACUUCACGUUUUGUCUCGCAUCAAUGGCCGACCUUGCAUCAUCGAUUCAGUACCUCAAAGAUUUGGUUAAUUCUCAAGUCCAUGACGAUGAAAAAUGGGCCUUCAAUGUGAAAUUGCUUCGAGCUGCAGGAUUCUUUGCAGGAUCAAUAGUACUUAUGAGAAACUAUGGUGACCUUAUGGCAAUCUAAAAGUGGAAGACUGUGUUGUCUGUAAUGAGCUGCUACUAUCUACUUAAACUGAAAUGUCUUGGUUUUAGUUUCAAUCUAAAAUGAGUAGGAUUACUUUCAGGCUUUUGUUAAGCGGUUGUCAUACCUUUUCGAUUUGCUUAUAUUGACUUUGUGUGUCUCUGCACAUUUCCUUGUGCUGAAAUGCUUGGUAUAAGAAAUGACUAUUUUACCUCCUUUUUUUUACUGUCCCGAACUUGUUAGAUGCCUAUUUUUUGUAAUUUGCCUCUUUUAAAGUGAUUUAUCUGCAAAGUGAAAAAGUUCAUUAUUCAACA